AUGUUGCUGCAGAAGCUCGACGCCUAUGCGAAUUGUGCCGGUGCAAAGCUGUGUGCGCGUGCGUCACAAGUGCGCAGUGACGAUUACGUGCCAUGCGCAAUCGACUUGUCGCCGGACAAGAUUUCCGCCAUGAUGGGCGGUCAAAACUGUCAUGCGGAGAUUAUGUUCAAAGAUGGUGUGGUAUGGCUUGCGCGAUUCAGGCUGUCCAGUCCAACAUCACCUCCGCAGCAUGAGCUCGAGAAAGAAGAGCUUUCUUUAGCUCGUGCGUUUCGUGAGAGAGGCCGCGACGAUCUGGCUCGCUGCGUGUUGAAUGGGCAAAAGUUCCGUUCGCACUUGGCCCUGGUGGAGCAUCACACGAGAAUAGGAAAACCUUUGCUGGCCUUUCCAUGGGACUCAAACCCGCAUUCGCUCGCCGUCAUGAUAUCGGCAUAG